GUACAAUACCUCCAUUUUCCCUCCAAUCAUUCUCUCUCGAAUUUUUCUGUUUCUAUCUCUCCAACUGAAAGAGUAGAACACAACAAACCGUCUCUUUCAAGGUUUUGUGUUUCUUCUAAAUUUAUUUCUUUUCAUUUUCUUUUUUGGCAGUUACCAGUCUUGUUCAUGAUGUAUCAUCUUUCGUCUAUCUCUGUAAGAUUUUUGGGGAUUUGUCACUAAUUGAGAGAUGUCAUCAUACUUCGUUACUAUUUAACUGUUUUUGCAUGAAGUGAUUUCAAUGAAGCAGUCGAAAAAUCCUUUUGUUGGUCAUUCGAAAGCCCCUUUAUCUAGUCUUUCCGAUAAAGAGAAAAGAGCUUGGAAACUUCCGAAUGCCAGUUCGUAUCAUGCUUCUACGGAUGCUAGUCUGUUUUCUACCUCUUUGCCUGUCUUCUCGCAUGUGAAAUUUGGUUUUCAUGAAUCUGAACGAGUCAUGUCCAUUGAUGACGGCUUCCCUAGGCUUACUAAAGAUCGUGUAGCAAAUGAAGUUAAGGAUCCGCGCGAAGAUACUGAACCAAAUACCAUGGGAAACGUUCUUCCUGGUGAUGAAGAUGAACUUUUUGCUGGCAUAAUGGAUGAUUUCGAUCUUAGUGGGUUGCCGACUCAACUUGAGGAAUUGGAUGAUGAUAUUUUUGGAAGUGGAGGAGGUCUGGAAAUAGAAUCCGAGAGUCAUGAGAAUCUAGUGAAUGGUAUAUCGAGGUUAAGCACGUCGGAUGGAAUUAGUGGGAGCACUAUUGCUCCGUAUGGUUUCACAGGUGGUGUUGCAGCUGUCAGUGGCGAACACCCAUACGGAGAGCACCCGUCAAGGACGUUAUUUGUUCGUAAUAUCAACAGUAAUGUGGAGGAGUCCGAGCUGAAGUCUCUCUUUGAGCAAUUCGGAGAUAUCAGAACUCUUUACACUGCAUGUAAACACAGGGGAUUUGUGAUGAUAUCUUACUAUGAUAUCAGAGCUGCCCGCACUGCAAUGCGUGUGCUACAGAGCAAGCCUUUGAGACGAAGAAAACUCGAUAUUCAUUUUUCGAUUCCUAAAGAUAACCCGUCAGAUAAGGACGUUAACCAAGGGACUUUGGUGGUGUUUAAUUUGGAUGCAUCCGUAUCUAAUGAUGACCUUCGCCAAAUAUUUGGAGCUUAUGGCGAAAUUAAGGAGAUAAGGGAAACACCUCAUAAACGGCACUAUAAGUUUAUCGAAUUUUACGAUGUUCGAGCUGCAGACGCAGCCCUGAAGGCUUUAAAUAGAAGUGAUAUAGCUGGAAAACGCAUAAAGCUUGAGCCUAGCCGGCCUGGUGGGGCCCAUCGGAGCUUAAUGCAGCAGCUUGGUCAAGAGCAGGAGCAAGAUGAAGCUCGAGCUUUCCUUCACCAAACCAGUUCUCCUUUACCUGAUUCUCCUCCAGGUAGCUGGACCAAUUAUGGCAGUCCAGUCGAGCGCAAUUCACUACAUGGUUACAGUCCAAAGCCAAAGUUGGGAAGUCUGAGCCCUGUGGGAAGCAGCCACUUAACGGGCUUGGCUUCUAUUCUUCCGUCUCAUGCAUCAAAUCCUGCAAAAAUCGCGCCAAUCGGUAAAGAUCCGGGAAGGAUGACCCACACAAACCAGGUUGUCAGCAAGGCUAACAACGGGCAAGGAGUGGCUUUUCAGAAUUAUUAUUCGAUUCCUGAUCCAAACAUAAGCUCCAGUCCCGGGCUAGUCUCGUCGUUUGAUUACUCCAAGCCAUCCAGUAUCGGGAUGCUUUCUGGUCCUCAGUUUCUUUGGGGAAGUCCCUCUGUCCAGUCCGAGCACGCCAAUUCAUUGGCAUGGUCGUCUUCGUUGAAGUCCCAUCCUUUUCCUUCCAGUGGUCAGGGAGUUGGUUUCCCUUAUCCUAGUCAGCGUGGUUCGUCUCUCGGGUCUCAUCACCAGGUUGGAUCUGCUCCAUCUGGUAUUCAACUGGAAAGGCAUCUUGGAUAUUUCCCUGAUUCUCCGGAAACUUCAUACAUAAAUCAGGCAGCUUUUGGAGUAACUAAUUUCGGUCGCAACGGUAGGAACCAUGCUAUGAAUGUCGCCGCUCCUGGGGCUGUGAAUAUUGGAGGAGUCACUUUCACUGGAAACUACACUGAUAGUGGUUCUUCUAGUUCCCGAAUGAUGUCAAUGACAAGAAAUGAGCCUAUAUAUUACGGGAAUGGUUCUUUCGGAGCCACCAGCAUUGAUGGAAUGAUUGAUCGUGCUCGUAGUAGAAGGGUCGAGAGUGGAGGCCAGAUGGAUAACAAGAAGCAGUAUCAACUUGAUUUGGAGAAGAUUAUGAGUGGUGAAGAUAGCCGAACUACCUUGAUGAUUAAGAACAUACCAAACAAGUAUACUUCAAAGAUGCUACUGGCUGCUAUCGAUGAAACCCAUAAAGGCACAUACGAUUUUCUCUAUUUGCCAAUCGAUUUUAAGAAUAAAUGCAAUGUUGGAUAUGCCUUCAUCAAUAUGGUGGCGCCUACACACAUCAUCACUUUGUACGAGGCGUUCAACGGGAAGAAAUGGGAAAAAUUCAACAGUGAAAAGGUAGCUUAUUUGGCGUAUGCUAGAAUUCAGGGAAAGAUUGCUCUCGUGUCACACUUUCAGAAUUCAAGUUUGAUGAAUGAAGACCAGCGUUGUCGACCCAUUGUCUUUCAAUCGGAGGGCCAAGGGACUGGUGAUCCGGAAUGGUUCCCGUCUGGCAAUCUCAACAUCUUUAUCCGUCAGCCAGAUGGAUCCUACUUAGGAGAUUCUCUGGACAGCCCGAAGGGCAAUCCGGACAUUUUCAGAGGCUGAGUGCCAAAUCUCAAUGAGAAUUCAGGGAAAAUAUGCGCCAAACUCUCUGUAUAGUUUUGCAUAUAAAACGUGUUUCUAUUGGUAGAUGAGGUCAAUUGUGCAUAUGGCUACACUUCUACUAGGACAGUGUCCUCUUCUUUUUGCGAUGGAUACUUUUUUUUUAUCUCGUGGAAGAAUAUAUUUAACGAAGCAGCGCACCAUUUUGUCUGUGCGUAUUCCGGCAGCUGAAGGAAGACAAAGAAGCGUCCGACGAUAGGCUCUGUUCUGUUCUGCAUUUCUUCACCUUACAUGUAUGUCUGUUCCCCUUUCAGACACUUAGCUUUUCCAUUUUUUUUUUCUUUUUUUCUGCUCAAUGUUUAGUACUUUAGAGAAUCGGAGGUAUGUAGAUUUGAGCAAGUGUGUAGCGCUUUUCUUGUUUCCUUCAGUCUUAUGCUAAUAACAGAAACACGCUUU